GCAGCACCUGCGUCAGUAACCCCCUCAUUUGAAGGGUGAUAAUAAUGUAGAAGGACAUGAUUCAUCUUUUUCAUUCCCGUCAAGAUGAUUGACCCGGGAAUGCUGUUUGCAUGUGGAGCUGCACUGCUCCUACUGCUGAGCUACUCAGACGGGUCAGCCGUGCCACUUCGGAGCGAAUGCGUCCUCAAGGAGAACAAGUUUGAAAACCCCGUAAAGGGAAAAGCUCUCGCGGGUCACGUGAUGUCCUCGAUGCUAGUUGACUCUUACGGAGACUGCGCAAUAGAAUGCGUCGGAAAUGACAGCUGUCAAUCGUUCAACUACCAAUCAGAAAGCAGUGGUUUACAUCAAUGCGAGCUGAACAACCAAUCAGCAAACUCUAGCGAAUCUUUGGAGGAACGAGCACAAUUUUAUUAUUACGGUCCUACGGAAACUAGUCCUGAUGAGUGUUCGUCUUCUCCGUGCUUCAAUGGUGGGACAUGUGUCAGGUCGUGCGAUGACCACCAAAAGUACGAAUGUAUUUGUCGCGGGGACUAUGUUGGCCAUAGAUGCGAGAUAUACAAAGGGAACUUUGACUUGGUUUUCACAAAGCAAAGCACUUCGGAUUACGCCGUCCUCGAUGUGUCCAGCGGCUUCACAUCAUUCACCGCAUGCGUGUGGCUCAAUACGGCAUUCUACACCGCUGAACCAGUCAUUCUCUUCUCGUAUGCCGAGUUGACUCUGCCGCACCAGAUUCGUGUGGGAUGCGAUACGAACAUGACAAGGUGUCACAUGAUGGUGGAUGCUAUUGCAAGGUUUGUGGAGAUAGAUUCCCUGGCUGACGGUCAAUGGCACCAAGUCUGUGUCAAGUGGAACAGCACUGACGGCAAUUGGGCGUUCUAUGUCGACGGUGCCAAGCGUGGCCACGGUUCAAAGCUCAAAGCCGGGCACGUUUUCCAUGGUCAAGGAAAACUGGUGUUGGGACAGAGGCAAGAUGCUUAUGGUGGCAGUUUUGCGGAGGGGAAAUCCUAUGUCGGUGCCAUGAGCCACUUUAACAUGUGGAACGAAUCCACCAGUGAUCACCUGAUCAAGGAACGCUCACGAGCAUGCGCAGUAGAGAUGGCAGACCUUGUUCACUGGAGGAAAUUUUAUGAUAGUUCCCAUGGAGACGUCAGAAUGCAGUUGCCAUCAAACUGUCAAUCAAGAGUAAAUCAGUCUGAUUAUCUCAUUGGCUACAAAACGAGAACAACGGCUGAUUACAUUCAUCCCCCCACCCUCCCUACCCUGGUCAAGAUCACAGCAUGCUUCUGGGGUCAGCUGAUUAGCGGUGGUAUUACAGUCUUCAGUUACAGAAUCAGUUCCUUUCAUCGAGCCCUGGAGAUGUUUUUAGGAGAUAGCGCCGCUGUUCAUUUGUAUAUUAUGAACAACUACAGACGUUAUUCAAGUCCAUGGAUGGUAGACAACGUAUGGCACCACUUUUGUCUCACUUGGGACAGCGACGGCGGCCUUCAUUGUCAUUACUAUGACGGGGUUCAGAAGGCCACAUUCACCAGCUUCCAGUCAGGUGUCAGCGUGGAGGGAGGAGGGACAUUGAUAAUUGGUCAAGGGCAACAAAUAGAUGGUACUCACAACUUAGAACAAAGUUUUGUGGGAAACAUCACCCAGUUCAACCUGUGGAGCCGAGUCCUUCCCGGCAAAGUGAUCGAUGGUAUGUCACUCGGGGUUGGUGCCGAGGCUGGUGACUUGGUAGCCUGGCCUGACGUGAGGAACAAUGUCAACGGAAAUGUCCAGGUUAAAGAAAGGCCCGAAAUCAUGCUGACUGCGCGAGAUAAUAACUACCAAAUGGUGUUCGGCACGCGUUCGACGGGGAACUACGUGAAGUACGACGGCGUCAUCCCGGAUCUGUUUGCCGUGACAGCAUGUAUAUGGUUCAAGACAGAUGUCUCGAACACCUACGAUAUCCCGUUGAUAUCGUACGCGAACAUUCACCAUAACAAUGCCUUAUUCUUUUUUAUCAAGUCUGAUACACUUACGUUGUUAAGGUCCGACGCAACAAGAUAUCAUGCAGCCGAAAAUCUUCGCGAUGGAAAUUGGAACAGUGGUUGUUUCCUUUGGAAUUCGGUCAAUGGUGUUUACAAAAGCUUCGUCAAUGGCAUACUAAAGCUCAGCGCCACUGGGAUGAAGUCUGGGGUCAAGAUAGGUGGAGGUGGCUCAUUAGUCCUGGGCCAAGAUCAAGACAGCGUAGGGGGAGGGUUCGAUGUUACUCAAGUAUUUAUUGGCACUCUGUCCAACUUCGACAUGUGGGACGUUGCACUUCCUGAUGAUAUCAUUCAAAGUAUGGGCUAUGGGUGCGGAACGUGGUCCGGAAACACAAUCAGCUGGAGGAAUUUGCGCAGCUCUUCGUACGGCAACGUUGGCAUUCAGGAGUACUCAGAGUGCUAUAUACCCGGUGUGGUGACGCGUACUAAGCGUGACAAGCUCUGUCAAGAUCUCUAUGCAUCGUCCCCGGCCACUGGUUGCUCGCCGCCAUUAUACGCGCUGUUUGGCCGCUCACACUUGACCGAAAGCCUGUUGUGGGGUUGUUACUAUAGCAACGCUCUUACAACAAGUAUUGAAAAUAACGCUGUUGUUUACGACUCGAGCGUGUUGUCCACAUGUACAUCGAAAAGAAAUACUGCUCUCACGUCUAUCAAAGACUAGGACAUCAGUCCAAGACUGCUCCCAAUGCGUAGCUAUCAACUCAUAAAGUCAUUGCACAAAGAUACAAGAGAUCAUGUUCUAGAGGUUCUUGCAUCGUCGAAAAUCGAAAGCGCCACGAACAAACGCCAAAGAAACCCGAAAAGCACCCGCAAUGAAUGACGGCGGAAGAGCUUCACCAUUCCGAGACGAGCCCUUGUCACCCAGGCUAGAGAUCAUAUGAAAUAAAAAGAAACAUUGACGUACUUCUGGAAAAAUCCUGGCUCAUCUCCCUAUUGGUUGCUGAGUUAUUUAAAAAAAAAUAAUAGACAGAAUUGGCAUAAACUUAUGCGAUAAAUAGACUAAUCGGCGUGCUAGCGUCGCAUUUUUGUGCCGCUCUAGUGAAAGUCGUCAGAUAAUGCGACGCUAGCACGCCGUUUCUUGUGCACGAAAUUGAAUUAAUGAGAAGCUCGACCCUAUGUUUACUAAGGAACCGCUCUAUGGUCGAACCUCAAUCAAACCAGAACGGUGUGACUUUGGCACGACGUUUAAAUAAGGCCAAAAUCUUUUAUCGCAAUAUUGGAUUUAGCAUUUCAGGUACAAUUCACCUGGUGCCCAGUUUGUCUUUACAUGCAGGCAGCGAGGAUCACCAACAUUUGUACAUAAAAGUUUAUAGAGAGAUGUCCAGUCACAUACAUGUCAAAGAAUCAUGGCCAUAUUUAAGAACUACGCCCGUGUCUAAGCCUAAUUUAUGUGGUGCGGCUAAUAUAUAUGCAGAUAGGCGCUUCAGGGUUUUUUUUACCCAUGCUUACAUGCUUACAUGCGGGUGUCGCGUAGUCGCAAAAGCCGGUUGACGACAACCUUUUCUUAAACGACUGUAUACUCGCACUUCACACUCAUUGAGUAUGGACGGGAAUACAGAACUUGCGCAGGGAUUUUGAAGUAGCUAGGGGUGCGCCGUAAUGGAAAUUAUAUUAAAAAACAAAUGGAAAAGUAUCAUAUUUGACAAUCCUUCAAUAAGAAUCAUACAACGACACAAGUAAAUCGCGCGCUUUGAUUGGUCCAGGUUCAAUGUGUUUUUAUGCCUAGUGCCCACUAGCAACAUAACAACAUAACGACAUGGGCGCGCGCACUAUGUUUAUGCCUAGUGCACACUAGUGACAUAACGACAUAACAACAUAGGCGAACAUAAACGUUGGUUCUCACUAGGAAGUAAGCGCAAACGGAAGCGCAACACAAGUGAGAAUCGGUCAAACACAAGCGCAAGAAAAUCAAGCAGUUGCGUUCUCUUGCGCUUCCGCAUGCGCUUAUGUUCUAGUGAGAAUCGGAAAACUACGUGCGUUCCGCUUGCGCUUACGUCCAAGUGAGAACCAACCUUAAGGGUGCACGCGCCUAUGUCAUUAUGCAACUAGUGUGCACCAGGCAUUAGCCCGACAUAACGACGUGGACAUAAUGACAUAAAAGAAAAAACAUCGUUAUGUCGUUAUGUCGAAGAUAAAAGUGCGCGCGCACAUGUCGUUAUGUCGCUAGUGUGCACUAGGCUUUAGAGGACACUCCCGCUUGGCGUCAGCAUGCGCGCGCUCACCGAAACUAGACUGUAACGUAAGAAAACAUUUUUAUUGUUGUAUAAAGAAAAUAGAUCGGAUUUUUUGUCCGUCUGUCCUCUAUCAUUUUUAUUGUUGUAUAAAGAAAAUAGAUCGGAUUUUUUUUAUGACGCUGUGACGUCAUCUGUGCAUGUAUUUGAGGAGAGACUCACGCAAAAAUGAGAUCUAUUUGCUAAAUAACUAAUUUUUUGGUGGUUAAGGGGGGAUGCGCGCCCAUCCUACGCACCCCUAGCUACGCGCCAAUAGCAUUUAACUCGAUUUUAUCAUCAUCCACUUUCCCUACUUCUUCCUACAGCUCUUUGCGACGCGCGCGCGGAACCGAGGAUAAAAACAAACUUUGCCAUCUUGUUUACAAUUUUGACUCCUGGCGUCGGUUUCACGCUCGCGUCGCAAAGUUGUGGGAAGAUGUGAGGUAGGUGAAUAGGAAUUCAAUACAUUUUGAAAAUUGUUUGAAAUUAUAUAGAAAAUACACAAGGCACUUAAAAAGCUUGCUUGUUUUGGAUAAAAAGAUUACGAGCGAUGGCAGAAACCACGCCCACAAAGAAGAUCACACUUGUAUGUACAACGUGAAGGAUAUGAAUUGUAUGAGGAAUGAGUCAAGACAAUCAAUUAAAUGUUAAAUGUACUUAAA